CGGCACGGCGGGAGAGGGCGAGUCCUGCCACCUGAAGUCUACCUCGCUGCCGGGAGCAGGCGCCUCUCGUCUCGAUGGCGGCCGAAGGCGGCAGCGGCAGCAUGGAGGGUGAAGAGCCCAAGGCCGAGGCCACCUACUACCGGCUCGAGGAGGUGGCGACGCGCAACUCGGAGAAGGAGAUGUGGAUAGUGAUCCAUGGGCGAGUCUACGACAUCACCUCCUUCCUUGGCGAGCAUCCAGGUGGAGAAGAGGUUCUGAUGGAACAAGCUGGUCGGGAUGCGACUGAAAGCUUUGAAGACGUGGGACACUCUUUGGAUGCCAAGGAAAUGCUCAAGCAGUACUACGUUGGGGAAGUCCAUCCGAGUGACCUUAAAGGUGAAGGAUCUGAGAAUUCAGGUUCAGCGUGCAGAAGUUGCUGGUCAAAUUGGAUUAUCCCUGUUGUGGGUGUUGUCCUCUUAGCUGUCAUGUAUCGUUUUUACAUGGCAGAGAGCAAGUUGUCCUGAGCCAGCUUCUUUGAAACCUGGAAAGUGAAUACACUAGAGAGAGAAAAAACAUGCAGUCCUGCUCUGGUAGGAUUGCUGGAUUCCCCCCUCUUUGAAUCCUGCCAAUUUUAUCGCCCCCCUGCUAAGUCACAAUGGGCAUGCCAACCGUCCACCUCUGAACUAGGCCAGCGCGCCUCGUUAUACAGUUGCAAUGCCUUACUUACUCCCAGAGGCAUCCUCAUUGUCAAACAUUUCAUUCUCUGGCCUGUCUAUUCUUCCUGAAGUUUUUGUAAAUUAACUCUUCAUUCCACAAUUUUCUGUCAACCAGUUCGUUCAGGGAAGUGGAGAAGUCAUUUGAAUGUGUAUAUGUAAAACAAUUCUGUGAUUUUACAAAAAAAAAAAAAUACUGUCAGUUUACAGUGUCUUUCAAUAAAAAUGUCUUCUGACACUUUGAGCUUGGAGUGGGCAUUCUCAAAAGAAGGACAGCAGAAUGCCUAGUUUUGAGGAAGAGAGAAUGUUUUUUCUUUUUUCUUUAUAUAUUGGUAGCUACUUUUAAGCAAAUACAAUUUUUAAAAAAUUACAGUCUAACUUAAUGCCAUUAAUUUAGUUAUUUCUGUGAUACUUAUCUUAAAGUGCAUAGCUACUGUUAUCUGGAACACAGUUUUCUAAAUUGUCGUUUUUGAGACUAAUGUUGUAUCCUCAUUUCCCCACAAGGGUAGCACUUGGCCUCUGUGGUCCCAGUUUCUUUUCUUUUUAAAGUGGUGUUUGAAGUAAGCUAGUGUCUCCUUUGGUGAGUGAGUGGAUUCUUUUAGGCUCUGAUGAGUUCAUAGGAGCCUUGAGGGAGGGCUGGGUAUGGAGGUGGGAAGGCGUGACCGUGGAUUUGAGUGAAAAAGUUUCUGAGUUACUUCUGAGCAAGUGGUUUGAGGAAACAGUAACCAUUCCUGUAGCUUGGUACUUUUUUUUUUUUUUGGUCUAUUAAAAAAUAACAGCAUAUCUAAGUUCAGAGUAAGUCUGGCGAGCUUUCUCAGGGUAUUUGUGUAAUUUAGUGGAUUUUGGAGGAAUCCUGAUUGUUUAAGAGACCAUGACUUCAAAUAUAUCCAUGACAUUUGGGAUGAAAAAUAGUUGGUACAAUAAUAUGGCAUUUGUGGGUGGAGUAAAUAAGAGGAGAAAAUGUUUGAGUUUAUGCUUCUCUCUUUGACCUCUGUGGCUCCCAGGUGUUUGUAACCAAUCCUGUUGGAAUGAACUACAAUAAAAGAGACAUCCUGUUUUUUUUCUUGGCAUGGGUGUUUUUACCUGUU